AUGAAGCCGCCCGGCAGCAGCUCCUGGCGGCCGCCCCGGGCGGGCUGCAGCCUCCUCGGUGCCUCCUACAGCUCCCGCGGCCGUCCCGUCGGCCCUGCGCUGGCCCGCGCCGUCGCCCGCGCGCCGCCCUGUCGCCUACUCCUCGUCCUUCUCCUGCUGCCUCCGCUUGUCGCCUCGUCCCGGCCCCGCGCCUGGGGGACUGCUGCAGCCGGCGCUCCGCAUUGGAAUGAAACUGCAGAAAAAAAAUUGGGAGUCCUGGCAGAUGAAGACAAUACAUUGCAACAGAACAGCAGCAGUAAUAUCAGUUACAGCAAUGCAAUGCAGAAAGAAAUCACACUACCUUCAAGACUCAUAUAUUACAUCAACCAAGACUCAGAAAGCCCCUACCAUGUUCUUGACACAAAGGCAAGACACCAGCAAAAACAUAACAAGGCUGUCCAUCUGGCCCAGGCAAGCUUCCAGAUUGAAGCCUUCGGCUCCAAAUUCAUUCUUGACCUCGCAUUGAACAAUGGUUUGCUGUCUUCUGAUUAUGUGGAGAUUCACUAUGAAAAUGGAAAACCGCAGCUCUCUAAGGGUGGAGAGCACUGUUACUACCAUGGAAACAUCAGAGGCAUCAAGAACUCCAGGGCAGCUCUGUCAACCUGCAACGGACUUCAUGGCAUGUUUGAAGAUAAUACCUUUAUGUAUAUGAUAGAACCGCUGGAGCUGCUUCAUGAUGAAAAAAGCACAGGUCGACCACAUAUAAUCCAAAAAACCUUGGCGGGACAAUAUUCUAAGCAAAUGAAGAAUCUCAGUAUGGAAAGAAGUGACCAGUGGCCCUUUUUAUCGGAAUUGCAGUGGCUGAAAAGGAGAAGAAAGAGAGCAGUGAAUCCAUCUCGUGGUGUGUUUGAAGAAAUGAAAUAUUUGGAACUUAUGAUUGUUAAUGAUCACAAAACGUAUAAGAAGUAUCGCUCUUCUCAUGCCCAUACCAACAACUUUGCUAAGUCUGUGGUCAACCUUGUGGAUUCUAUUUACAAGGAGCAGCUCAAUACCAGGGUUGUCCUGGUGGCCGUAGAGACCUGGACUGAGAAGGAUCACAUUGACAUCACCACCAACCCUGUGCAGAUGCUCCAUGAGUUCUCCAAGUACCGGCAGCGCAUCAAGCAGCAUGCUGAUGCUGUGCACCUCAUCUCGCGUGUGACAUUUCACUAUAAGAGAAGCAGUCUGAGUUUCUUCGGAGGUGUCUGUUCUCGCACAAGAGGAGUUGGUGUGAAUGAGUAUGGUCUUCCAAUGGCAGUGGCACAAGUAUUAUCGCAGAGCCUGGCUCAAAACCUUGGAAUCCAAUGGGAACCUUCUAGCAGAAAGCCAAAAUGUGACUGCACAGAAUCCUGGGGUGGCUGCAUCAUGGAGGAAACGGGGGUAUCCCAUUCCAGGAAGUUCUCAAAGUGCAGCAUUUUGGAAUAUAGAGACUUUCUACAGAGAGGUGGUGGAGCCUGUCUGUUCAACAGACCAACAAAGCUGUUUGAGCCCACUGAGUGUGGAAAUGGAUAUGUAGAACCUGGGGAGGAAUGCGAUUGUGGUUUCCAUGUGGAAUGCUAUGGAUUGUGCUGCAAGAAAUGCUCCCUCUCCAAUGGGGCCCACUGCAGUGACGGGCCCUGCUGUAACAAUACCUCAUGUCUUUUUCAGCCACGAGGGUACGAAUGUCGGGAUGCCGUGAAUGGGUGUGAUAUUACUGAAUAUUGUACUGGAGACUCUGGCCAGUGCCCACCAAAUCUUCAUAAGCAAGAUGGAUAUGCAUGCAAUCAAAAUCAGGGCCGCUGCUACAAUGGGGAGUGCAAGACCCGGGAUAACCAGUGCCAGUACAUCUGGGGAACAAAGGCUGCAGGGUCUGAUAAGUUCUGUUAUGAAAAGUUGAAUACAGAAGGCACCGAGAAGGGAAACUGCGGGAAGGACGGAGAUCGAUGGAUCCAGUGCAGCAAACAUGAUGUGUUCUGUGGAUUUUUACUCUGUACCAAUCUUACUCGAGCUCCACGUAUUGGUCAACUUCAGGGUGAGAUCAUUCCAACUUCCUUCUACCACCAAGGCCGGGUGAUUGACUGCAGUGGUGCUCAUGUGGUUUUAGAUGAUGAUACAGACGUGGGCUAUGUGGAAGAUGGAACGCCAUGUGGCCCAUCUAUGAUGUGUUUAGAUCGGAAGUGCCUACAGAUUCAGGCCUUAAAUAUGAGUAGCUGCCCUCUCGAUUCCAAGGGCAAAGUCUGCUCAGGCCAUGGGGUGUGUAGUAAUGAAGCCACCUGCAUCUGUGAUUUUACCUGGGCAGGAACAGACUGCAGUAUCCGGGAUCCAGUGAGGAACCUUCACCCGCCCAAGGACGAAGGACCCAAGGUGAACAUGGCCACAAGCAGGCUAAUAGGUGCUGUGGCAGGCACGAUUCUGGCCCUGGGGGUGAUUUUUGGAGGCACAGGGUGGGGAAUAGAGUAAGCAUCUUUAUGAGUUUCAGAGUGUUUCUGUUUGGUGUCUGGUGUGUGAGGUGACCCUUGGUAUCUGACUCCUUUAUGUAUUGUCUCAUUGACUGUGUUCCCUGUGGUGGUGCAACUUCUGGUGUGAUUUGUAUGUAUUUGUGUCCUGUGGUUUUCUUGUGCAGUGUAGAACCUUCUCCUGUCUGGAACAAUGUGGGGCAUAAAAUAAUGUUGGGGGUUCUUACUAUAUCUUCACAAUUGAGGCAACAGUCUAAAAGUUUCCAUUGUUCCUCCACAAAAGUAAUUUUAAAAUGUACACCAUCUCCUCACUUAUUGACAUGGUUAGAGUCCAAAGACUAGGUCAUAAUGUGAAGUCAGCCUUAUACGAAAACAGAGGAUGACCACAUCAGAUCACAGAAUGGAGGAUGACUACAUCAUUAUAUAACUGCCAAAUUAUGUCAUCACGUAACUGCCAAACCACUGAGAAUCAUGGCCCAGCCAAGUUGACACAUAACCUGAGUCAUCACAGGCAGCAUUACUCUCACCUCAUGCCUUGGCAUUUGUUACUGCCAGACAUAUGUCGUUAAUCCACAGAAAUAGAUAGUAGGUUUUUUACUAUUGUCAUAAAUGUGAAAUGUUAGAUAACAAGAUAGUUGGUAAGUGAGGAGAUACAGAUUAUUUUUACUAACUAGCAAAAAUAUCAUGAGCAUUUUAUUAGGAUGCUUAUAAUGAGUUUAAUCUUCAUGCAGUCAGUUAGGUCCACAUAUGCAAGCAGAAAUUAUAAACAGCUGAAAUGUCUUUCCAAGAUAAUCUAAAUGGCAGCCACGAAUAUUGUCUCAGUUUUUUAAAGUCAUAUAGGAGGCUAUAAGCUAAUUGGGGGGGGAGGUGUUUAGGAUACUGCCUUCAUUUUUUCAUAUAAAACAGAUUCAUAAUUUAAGUUUGAAGUUUGCAUAAAUAUUUGGGAGCUAGCACAAUUAAAAACGGAAAGCCUACACAGCCUUAAGUGAAUCAUUGGAAGUUAUCUGUGGGGUUUGUCUUAAAAAUAGCCAGGGUAUUAAUAUUUUAUGCCACUUUCCCAUUACAGUGUCACAGAGGUCCAGCUCUCCUGGUGCCUUUAUUUAGGUUGCUCUGUACUUAGUCCACAUCCUCAGAGUAGUUGUCAGUUCUCUGUGGAAUACUGCUUUCAUGAUAUUGCUAAUUCAUAGACUAAAAGAUCAUCGUGACUUUUUUCUAAUUACAGAGAGAGCAUUCACAAAUGACAAAAUACCCCUUUAUGUACCGUCAUUUCUGUUCACUGUGAUGGUGGCAACACCUCACAGUGGUUCAGGAAUAAAUUAAUGGCAUCUUAAGGAAUCACCACAUGUCCUCUAUUCAAGCAGGCCAAAUCAUGGGCAUGUUGAUAGUUUCAGACACAUUCCUUCUUAGCCACAUCAGUUGGCAUACACAGAUCCCUUUCUUACACAGUGG